AUGUCCACUGUAAAAGUGGUAAUUAAUCCUGAGAGUGCAUUGGCUAUUGCCACGCUUCUACGCCACCAUAAGGAGCUAAAACAGAGGAAAGGGCUAUUCCAAUCUAGGCAAGUUGAUUUCUUUAGAUACAAGAGGUUUGUCAGAGCAUUAAAAUCACCAGAAUAUGCUAAAAAAUCAGUUGCACAACCUGAACUGUACCCGCCUGUUGUUGAAGAGGAGAAGAGUGAUGAAGAUGCAGAUAUGAAGGCACGCGUUUUAUUUAUUGCCAUGAUCAAAGCUCAAUUGGUGUUACCAUGUAGCAAAUUGGAUAGUACACAGUCAAAGCAGCAAGGUUUAAAACCCAAUAAGGAUUUCCCCAACUUGGUUCUAUCCACCAAGGCAGGAUUACAGCCUGACGAAUACUACGUGUGGAACUACAAUCCAAAGACUUUGACAGAUUAUCUAGCCGUAAUCGGUGUCAUUUCCGCCAUUUUAACCUUGGUAUGCUAUCCCCUGUGGCCAUAUUUCAUGAGACGUGGAUCAUACUACGUGUCAUUGGGUGCAUUAGGUCUGCUGGCGGUUUUCUUUGUGAUUGCCAUUAUCAGAGUCAUAGUCUAUCUACUAUCGCUACCACUCGCCAAUAAAAAUGGUGGAUUCUGGCUAUUCCCCAACCUAUUCGAAGAUUGUGGUGUAAUAGAAAGUUUUAGGCCUCUUUACGGAUUUGGAGAGAAUGAAUGCUACGGUUACAUAAAGAAAAUGAAGAGAAGAAAGAGACGUCAAGCCAAGAAACUGGCACAAUCCAAUUCCAACCCUGCAAAAUUAGAUGUGAAAAAGGAAAACUGA